AUGGCGGUUUUUUCCCCUUCCCGGUACUUCACAACCCUUUUUUUACUCUUUCUAUACUUCAAGACCCUAUCUGUAUACCCAAAUUCGUCAUUUUCUUUCAAGAAUUUCGAUAAAGAUUCGAACUUUGAGUCCCAACCCGCUUUAUAUGGUGAUGCCAAGAUCGAUAAUUGUGGUUCGUCCGUACAACUCACAGGGUCGUCGAGUUCAAGCGCGGGACGACUCAUUUACAAGAAACUCAUCAAGCUGGGGGAAGGAAACCCAAUGAGAAUGGUGUAUUUUUCGAGUUAUUUCUCGUUUUCGAUUUCGCGGGAAAAUGGUGAUGGUUUAGCUUUUGUUAUGUUUCCAAUUGGGUUUCCUUUGAAUGUAUUUGAUGGUAGCUCAUUUAGGCUGUUGGUUGAGAGGAAAAUAAGGGUUUUUGGGUUGAUGGAACUCGUCAAAAAAUUUGGGUUUGAUUGA